AUGAAGAUCACCGCCUUGCUUGUUCUCAAGUGCGCUCCCGAAACUUCCGAUCCCGUCAUCCUCGCCAACGCUUCCGACGUCUCUCACUUUGGCUAUUUCCAGCGAUCUAGCGUCAAGGAGUUCGUCGUCUUUGUCGGCCGUACUGUCGCCAGCCGAACACCUCCUUCCCAGCGCCAAUCCGUUCAGCACGAAGAGUACAAGGUUCACGCUUACAAUAGAAAUGGCCUUUGCGCGGUCGGGUUCAUGGACGAUCAUUAUCCUGUUCGAAGUGCCUUUUCUCUUCUCAAUCAGGUCCUAGAUGAGUACCAGAAGAGUUUUGGUGAGACAUGGAGGUCUGCAAAAGAAGACUCCAGUCAGCCCUGGCCAUACUUAGCCGAAGCUUUAACCAAAUUUCAGGACCCAGCAGAGGCGGAUAAGCUGUUGAAAAUCCAGAGGGAGUUGGAUGAGACCAAGAUUAUUCUUCAUAAAACCAUUGAUAGUGUUCUAGCCCGUGGUGAGAAGCUGGACAGCCUAGUGGAGAAGAGCUCAGAUUUGAGCAUGGCAUCGCAGAUGUUCUACAAGCAAGCGAAGAAAACGAAUUCGUGCUGUACUAUUCUGUGA